UCGCGAGAGGCGGCGUGCGAGUUGUUGUCGUUUGACCGCGCGCACGCCCACAAGCCGCCCUCUGCGCGCGGUUGUGUUUUCAGUCGGCCGCUCCUCUUCUCAGCGGGGAUCUUGCGGCCGCUGCUGGCAGCAGCAGUAGCAGCCACUGACACUUGGAUAUCGGGCAUCGGCAUCGGGAUCGGGAUCGGGAUCGGGAUGUACGCGAGGGUGAUUGUCAGCAGAGCCUGGCUUCUCAGCGCAGCAUCAACCCGGACCCGGCGCAGAUCUUUGUGAAUGCUGUUCUUCUGUUUUGAAUUGAUCACCUGGAUAGACCCAGAUGUUGUCAGCCAAUUUUUAAGCGAUGAAUCUCCCGUCCUGACCAUGAGCUUUCCAUAGUGCUGCUGUGGUGGAUGGCAUUGGAAGUAUGGACCUGACCAACGGACAGUCGAGCACUAUAUAUUUCACAGCCACUGCUUCUGAGAGAAGUAGCAGCUCUGAGUCUCUGAGUGAGAAAGCUUCUAAUGAUCCCAAGAAAAGUUUUGAUGCAGUGGUGUUUGAUGUCCUGAAGGUGACGCCAGAAGAGUUUGCUAGUCAGAUAACACUAAUGGAUGCACCAGUUUUUAAAGCUAUUCAGCCUGAAGAGCUGUCAAGUUGUGGCUGGAACAAAAAGGAAAAGCACAGUUCAUCACCAAAUGUCGUAGCCUUCACGAGGAGGUUUAAUCAUGUCAGCUUUUGGGUUGUUCAAGAGAUUCUUACUGCACAGACGCUAAAAAUAAGAGCCGAAGUUUUGAGCCACUAUGUUAAAACUGCAAAGAAAUUGUACGAGUUGAAUAACCUACAUGCACUAAUGGCUGUCGUGUCUGGAUUGCAGAGUGCACCUAUCUUCAGGCUUACAAAAACAUGGGCGCUUUUGAGCAGGAAAGAUAAAACAACGUUUGAAAAAUUAGAAUACCUGGUGUCUAAAGAAGACAAUUACAAGAGGCUCAGGGAUUAUGUUACUAGUUUGAAGAUGACUCCAUGUAUUCCAUAUUUAGGCAUUUAUUUGUCUGACUUGACGUACAUUGACUCAGCGUACCCAUCCACACACAGUAUCAUUGAAAGUGAACAAAGAUCAAAUCUAAUGAACAAUAUUUUGAGAAUCAUUUCAGAUCUUCAGCAGUCCUGUGAUUAUGAUAUUCCUCUGCUGCCUCAUGUUCAGAAAUAUUUGAACUCGGCGAGAUAUAUUGAAGAACUUCAGAAAUUCGUUGAAGAUGACAAUUACAAACUCUCAUUAAGAAUUGAGCCUGGUACCAGCACACCCCAGUCCACUGCCUCAAGGGAGGAUCUUGCAGGACCUGAUGCAGCACCGUCCCCACAGAGUAGCCGGCGAUAUAUGGCAGCAGAGGCAGCCCUCAUGAACGUACCACCAACUCCACCUUCUUCCAGGCACCUACUAACACAUGGACAUCGGAAGUCCCACAGCCUAGGAUACAACUUUAUCCACAAGAUGAAUACAGUAGAGUUUAAGAGCGCUACAUUCCCGAAUGGAAGACCUCGGCACCUGCUAGAUGACAGUGUAAUGGAAAACUACACCCCUUCAAGAGUUCAGGCAGAAAGUUCCACCAUUUCCAGUGGAAUAUCAAUAGGUAGUAGUGAGGGUUCAGAACUCAGUGAAGAGGUAUCGUGGCCAGCAUUUGAAAGGAGCCGGCUCUAUUAUUCUCUCUGUCCAGUGCCACGGGUUGGAAGGAAUGGCUGUCGAGGCCAUGUGAAGGCCAACAGUUCUGUGGAAUCCGAGGAGCUAGCAGUGAAUCUCUUCCCAGGCACUGUUACAAUUCAAGGAGUUUUGAGAAGAAAGACACUACUGAAAGAAGGCAAAAAGCCUACGGUUGCAUCAUGGACCAAGUACUGGGUGGCACUAUGUGGAACAAAACUCUAUUACUACUCAGCCAAGUCUUUAAAACCAACAGAAAGAAAGCAUUUCAAAUCGAGUUUGAGUAAGAGUGUGUCUGUUGUGGGUUGGAUGGUGAUGAUGGCUGAUGACCCAGAGCAUCCAGAUGUUUUCCAGCUUACAGACUCUGAACGGGGAAAUUCUUACAAAUUCCAGGCUGGGAAGAGAGGGAAUGCGAUGCUCUGGUUUAAACAUUUGAGUUCUGCCUGCCAAAGCAACAGACAACAGGUUCCUGCAAACCUAAUGUCUUUUGAGUGACUGAAACUGUGACAUAAUUCAAAAAUUGACUUGGAUGCAGGCUUGAUAAAUAUGUGAGUUCGUGAAAGGACCUUGUGGAAGCGUUCCAGCAUUUUGUUCUUUCUGUGCCAGAAUUGAAUCCAGGGAUGUGCUUAAUGUCUUCGUAUUCAAGCACUGACUAUGCAGCACUAAUCGCUAGGACUGAAUGGGAAUAAUGCGAUAGCCCUGGAGUCGCUGAGAAGCAUUUGAUAAUUGAUCUGAACUUCCGUGGACUGUGCACUCCAAUUGCACUGACUGCCCUGUGGAACCACUGCCUUAAGCAAGAGAUUUGUUACACCAAAUAGUGUACUCAUUAUAUCCAGUAAGGCUGGGCUUUUGAUACAGAGAAUCCAGCUAGAUUACAGUUAUUGUAGUUAACAGUUUUGGGAGAGCUUUCUUAGCUUUUUUUUUGUGUUUAUUUUUCCUUCAGCAUUCGUUCUGCUAAAAUGCUCUAGUCUAGUUAACCCAUGUUGGGUGUGAAAACAGAAUGAGCUAUCUGUGUAGUCAUCAGUAUUAUCGUGUAGAAUAAUUGCACAUCCAUAGGUUUUUAAUACCUAAAAUAUUUUAUUUUGUUUGAAAAAGUGUUUUUUAACUGAACUGUUUUGUACCCGGCGUAAUUUCCUUUUUUUUUAAUUUUUACAAUGUGAACAUUUUUCCUGUGGAUUUUAUCUGCUGCAAUCUUGAAUGAAAGAAACUACCUGUGGUAACUUUGUACUAUGAACAUUUAGACAUGCCAUUGACUAUUGUAUAUUUUUCUCAAUCUCUUACACUAAUGUAUACAGCUUGCUUUGAAUCUCUCACAUCCUGCUAACGCACAGCCUGUAUUCUGUCAAGUGACCCUUGAAGUACUACUGAACCUGACAGUAACAUUCUAAUGUUUUUUGUGUGACUGAUGUGUUUUCCACAACUCUGGAUGUAGUGUGUGUAUGUGUGUUUGCACAAGCAAGUUUAAAAAUCCUUUAGGUACAUAUUAAAGAAAGUUUUCCUACUCAAGACAUGUCUUGGAAGUGCAAACAGCUAAUGUAACCAUUAUAUGCUGUUUCUACCAAAUGAAUAUUAUUGGGAGAAUAGUUUAAAUCAUUUUCAUGGAGGCACCCCAAAGUUGCUAAAAAGGUUGAGUUAAGAAGUUUCCACAUCCACGGCCCUCAAAUGUCUGAAGUCCUGCAGUGGUCUUGCAUGAAAAUUGCUUGUUAUUUUAUUUCCCUUCUGCUUAUUUCCUAAUUAUUUUCUCCUCCAUCUAAACCAGAACACACCGUCUUUUCCAAUGGAUUGGUGGUAAAACCUGCCACAGCAUGUGUCAUAGUGGGUCCCGAACCUUCUGAUAACACACAGUUCCUACCAGAAGUCUGAGUUGUAAGUUUGUGCUGAUACAAGUAAUUUUAAAGUAGGUUUGUAACAGUUGAAUGCAGAUUAAAACUACACAUUGAAGCCAUGUUUAUAGCUAUGUGAACCAAAUGUUUUACCACUGGUCAUUCUAGCAUUCCUAACCCUGGGAGUUUACACUCCAAAAACAAUACUUCACAAUACUGCCAGUUGAGCUAAUCAUUUGGCAAUUAUUAAGGGUUGACAACAACUAUAUGACUUUCAAGUUGGGCAUUAUAUUUCUGCAGUGCACUGGCAAAAAAAUUGUUACAGAAUGCCAGCAGAUAUUUAUUUCAGUGUCUCAGUUUGCUGAGUUCUUAAUUUCAGCCCUAUUACUGGAAAGCUUUAAUCAACAUUAACUCCAACAUAGGUGAUAAAAAUUCCACCUACGUUUCUCCAAGGGAAAUUGGAAAGCAAAUAUCCUGUUACCCAGGAGAAUUAAAGGCACCAGUCGAAAAUUGCCAUUUUUCUUCCUCAAUUUGUCAGUAAAUGAUGAACACUGAGAACCAUGCUCAAGUAAGUAGUACCAAAAAAAACUGCUUUGGUUUUAUUUUUUUUUGUUUUGUUAUUGUUUUUGUAAAUGAAAGGACUGCUACACCAAAGUUUGACAGUUAUACAAGAUUAUGAUUGUCCUAACAUAAGCCAUUAAUUUGGAGUAUUGACACUGAAGUUAGUUCUGGUUUCUUUUGAUUGGUAUUUCAUUCUGGCUGCCCAAAAAUGACAGUCACAAUAGAUAUCAUUCAAGAUGUGGAAAACAAAGGAUAGAGUUUUGAUUGGUUGAAGAUAUUUCGCUGGAUCUACUGAAGCAGAACGUUAAAUACAGGCCUUAGUGUAAGAGGAAGCUGGAUGCAAAAUAAAAUGUUUCCAACCUUCUCCUUUGAAAACCCAAAUAUUGGUAUCCUAAAAUUAUGGAUGACAUGGCACAGGAUAAGAAGAAAUGAAUUAAUCAUUGAGUAUUAAGGUAGUUAUUGAAUUAGUUCAGGAAAACUUGUAGGAACCUGAUUGCGUUUUCCAUCAACUGGAGUCAAAAUAGUUGAAAAUAUGUCUUUAAGACGCUCUUAAAAAGAUGGUACCACCAUUGCAGUAUAUGUAAUGUUAAUUAUGGUAAGUUGCAAGACUUCUUUCCCUCACUGAAGUACUUAAAAAUUGCUUUAACAAUGUUUCAAUAAAAAUCUCCAAAUAACGAAAUGGUUACCAUUAUGUAAGUAUUUUCUGCUGAGACUUCAGAUGUGAAAUUAUCCACACUAAACCUGUAAGAUAUGUAGGUGGGUAUUUCAACAGGAUUUUCAUUUUUAAUUUGACCACUGAUGUGUGAUAGCUCCCUUUAACUUCACCAUAAGGAGAUACAUUAUCUUUUGUGUAUAAAUCACUCGAAAUGCUUUUUCAACUAAAAGAAAUCUCAUUUGUCUAUCAAAUGCAAUUUCUUAUAUCCAAAGUAAAGUUUUAAACACUGUCCAAAAUCUCUUCAAAAAUCAUAAUGGGAAAAUCCUCUGUUUGGAUUUGAAUAUUUGCCACCCUGCCUCAGGCAUCUUACUCAGAUAGCAAUGUGGCACUGCUCGCUAUCUCUCACCUACUCCAGCUCCAAACUAUAUUUCAGAAAUUAAACUAAGCCUCUACUUACAAAGUAAACUAGUAUCAUUCUCAUAUCAUGUACUUAUAGAUUUUACACGGGUUAAUUGGCAGCAUCUGCUUUCAGUUUUGAAUUAUUUUUAAUUUGCCUCCUCAGCUAAAUUGCCUACUUGCUUCACUUUUGUCUCACCCCCAACUCUGUUGACCCCAACUGCAGUCUGCCAUCAAUACAUUUUUCUACAAUUUCUUAUUUAUUAUUAAACAUGUAGAAAACUUAUGCUGCAUCUUCUACUUAAAUGUAUACAUUUUGUUUCCUACCUUACAAAAGUGUAAAACCUCAAAAAUACAUAAUUGACUGUAAAGUGCUUUGGGACAUCAUAAAAGAUGCUUUAUA